AUGUACACCACAGUACCGCAGUCGACUAGUGGUACAAUCCACCGGCGAGCGCUGCGACAUACCCCUCGCGCCACCUCCGCCAGCACGCACGUUGCUGCCAACAGACCGAAGCAGACUCGCACAGAUGCGCACACAGAGUGGUGCUGGUGCCUUAUCCGAUCAACUCUGGCGACAACCCCCGUCUCAUCCCCCCCAUUGCGCCCACGAUCCCACGAAUGCACGAAGCACGUCGUCGGCGCCUCGUUCUGUCCGAACCGCGCCGCCACCCUCGCCCUCCCCACCAAAGUCUCCCCAUAUGCCACGCACCGGACCCCGCACCGCAUACGUCGCCCGUUCGCCGUAUCGCUCGCUCAGCCCGGCGGCUACGGUGUCGGUUCGGUGAAGGGCCGGGGGGAGCGGUCGCUGAUGCUGACAUGCUUGAUGCUUGCGCUGGCCCCUCUCGGCCUUCUCGGCUCUCUGUGGCCUCUGGUGGCGGUCGGUGCGAUCAGGUUUGGCACAAACGGACCGCCAGACCGUCCAGCCGGCGGCCUGCCCCACACUUCCCCAGCCUCUCACCCACGUCUUAUCCUCUCGCCCUCCAUCUCCGUCACUCUCGUCUUCCUUUCUCUUCAUCAUCCUCAUCACCACUCACUACCUACCAGUUUAAAGCACAAACACAACCGAGCCGGUCUCGAUAACACUCCCACACCCCCACUCACCUAUCUACCACACCCACCCCACUCGUUGAGCGUCAGCUCCGUCCGCCACCAGCCCCGCGCCGCCGUCACUCACCGCCAAGCGCACUACAAGACACGCCGUCCGAUGGCUGCCCACGCCUUCCCCGACCUCGCCCCCUUCCUCACCGGUAACCAGCAGUGGGCAGCUCAGACCAACGCUGCCCAGCCCGAGUUCCUCCCCACCCUCGCGCAGGGUCAGGCGCCGCCCGUGCUCUGGAUGGGAUGCUCGGACUCUCGCGUCACCGAGUCGGUCAUCAUGCAGCGCAAGCCCGGAGACGUCUUUGUCCACCGCAACAUCGCCAACCAGUUCCACCCCGAUGACACUUCGGCUAACGCGGUGCUCAACUAUGGUGUGCUCUACGUUGGCGUCAACCACGGUGGGUCUAACCCGGAAGGCUGGUCGCCGAUUGCUGACCAGCUUGUCCUUAUCAUCAUUGUUCCCCACGCCCUCACCUCUUGCCAUCGCUUUGGUGCCUGCGCACGGUCCUCCUCCGCCGUGGCCAUCACCCAGUCCCUUUGGGACAACGCUCCACUCACAUACACGCACACGCACACACAUUCACGCACCCGCUACGCUACAGUCGUCGUCGUGGGCCACAGCAACUGCGGAGGGUGCAACGCCGCGUUCGCCGCCCCACCCGCGCCGCUCGUCCCGCCGCCCUCGCACGACCACCUCGGGGCCUUCCUCGCGCCCCUCAUCCAGCUCCGCCACAAGCUUCCCCCGGGCGCGACGGCCGACGACCUCGUCAAGGAGAAUGUCCGGUCAAGUGUCAAGAACGUGGUUGAUUCGGCCACCAUGAAAGAGGCCUGGUCAAAGGGCAAACCCGUGUACGUCCACGGUUGGGUGUUUGACAUCAAGACCGGUCUCCUGCACGACCUCGGCAUCUCCCAGGGCCCCCAGUAA